CAAAAAGUUAACAAUGCCAAAACACAUGAUUUUUGAAAUAACUUCUUUAAAGAUCAUCGAGUCGGCGCUCAGAGUUCGCGACGAGCAUGAUACCUCGUGUCCCAAGGUGUCCCGCGGGCUGGGGGCCGCAGGUUGGCGCUGCUUCGUGGAGUAGAGGGCGCCUGAUGAAUUAUCAAACACAUCGGCACACCGAAGAGCAAACCCUGCAACUAUUGCCAUCUCUCACACCCCAGUGCUCCUCAAAGUCAGGCCAGCAGCCCUUCGGGGUGCAAGAUUUCCCAUAUUACAACAUUUUAAUCUGGCACAGCACCAUGUUUUAUUAAAGAGGAGAGAAUUUUAGUUUCCACUCCCCAAACUGCUGCCCCAUCACUUGGAAGUGCUCUUUUGUGCUCAAUUGAAGCCACAACUGACUUCUUUUUUUUUUGGAUUUGGAUUCCCUUGCUUCACUGAUGCUGACUAGGCUGCGACUGGUUCCCUGUCCCCAUGUCUCAGUAUUAAGAUCCACACACAGCUGCCAUCUUUUGUCUUACAAACACCAUACAUUUUUAAGCAAUCAAAUAUGAUCUCUCUCUUUCUCCCUCCCUCUCUCUCUCUGCUCUGAAGGUGGACUGAGCUGUUGAAAUAUGAAUGCGCCCCGUGCUUGCCCUCUCUUUGGCUCUCGCUUUAGGCAUCGGACUUCGGCAGCCGCGUCUGUGAGACAGUUUCCUCAGUGCACUCAGUGGGGUUGUUAGACACACACAUGCUGUACACUUCCAUUAUGAAUGGAGAUUUUGGAUUCGCAUGUCGCUCCCAGGCAUAUCUGACCGUUGCUUUGUAAAAGUGCUUUGUCUUCUUCAGACAUUAUUCCCACCUAUGAGGCGAUGAGAGAUGUUUUGGGACCUACAAACUUGCGCAGAUGUCAGCAGAGGGUGAGAGAACGACCAAAGUUUGGUGAUGUGCUUAUGGUAAACUGAGUGGGUUGGACUUAGAAACUUAAAGCCAAGGUGGAUUUAAAUGUCUCAUCUGUGUUGGGUGCAGAAAACAAUCCUGUCAUUUCUAAGACAAGCAUAACAUGGAGAUAUGUGUGACAUAGAACCAGUCAUACCACACAAUUUACACACACAACAACCCCAGGUAAGGGGGUCAGGCUCCCAGCAGACCAAUAAUAGUUUUUCUGAUCACUCUUAUCUGAUGUUGAGUUAUUUCUAUCCUGUUCGGAGCAGCGUCUUCCAGCUGGACUAUCUCAGGGGUCUGCUUUUUUUCCUUUAUAGUCACCAGGUCCCGACCAAGUUGAACAGAACGACAAAAGUGUUUUCGAAUGGUCACACUUGUGGGGCCUGCCGUCACGCGGAGGUGCAGGACGUGCUAGUCUCACAGGGAUUGCGGCCUGGCGGCGCACGCUUUCCUGGCGAUCUUUCCUGGAAGCCAUCUGUAGUGUGAGAGUUUUAGAGAAAAGUGCCAACCCUGCUUACUUUGUCAGCGAGUGGAAAGGUGUGGGGAGGUUACCUGCAGAGCACUUUGGUAAGAGUUUACCGAGGCAUUUAAGGGACCAUUAUACUCUUUCAGAGCCUCUUGUAGGAUGGUUGAAUAGCCUCAGAACGCACACACACACACACACACACACACACACACCCUCUCUCUCUCGCCCACUUGCUACACACACAACUUAUGCACUGCACUGUCCCCUGAAACAGCUGCAUUACUUGCGUUACACUACACUCUCUCAAACUUCUCCAACUUACUGCAGCUCUUGCACAGAGACGAUGAAUCAGCAUCAUCAUUGUUUACCUGCUUCAGCUACACCUCUUAUCGCUUUAGGAAACGACGAGUAACAUCGGUUGGUGUAAGCUAUCGUCCAGAGACAACAGCCUGCGGCCGGCACAAGUGGGCAGUAAAUUACAAAACGAAUGCAAACAGGCAAUAUCAGAUCCUCUGUGCCGAGCUCAGAUGUAAGUGGAGAUGUUUUCACUUUGGUACCGUCUAAAUCGCGCCUAUUUUUAGCAUUAAGGAGUCAAGCACUUGCUCUCCCUGAAGGAUGCCCACUGGUCUGAUCAAUUCUUUCCAAAACGGACCGUCUGACAUUCACACCCUCUUCGCUCCAUGUCUGGAGCUGGACUGCUGAGGUGAUGACGUAAGCUUGGCUCAACUUCUCUCUUUUCUCUCUUGGCUCUCCUGCUUUUUUUUUUUUUAGUUGCUGCAGAACUUUGCACUUUUUGUGCUUGCAAACGAAUUCGACCGCAAAAAACGUGUUUGUGGGAACUCUGUCUGAAUAUUUGAGCUGCACAUUUAGUCAGUAUCCCAUCUCCCCCCGUGUUUAAAAGCAAAGUUCCUUCCCCGAUGACAUGACCCUGGUUGAGGAGAAAACUGAACCUCAUGAGUAAAAUCUGCGGGGUGUGCCUUUAAUUGUUCAGUGCACCAGUGCAUGUUGUUUUAGUAUUUCUCCUAGAACCUAUAAUGGUGUGAUUGUCAGUGGUGAUGUUAUGAUGGCAUUGCCAUGUUUUUCAUGCAGGCAGUAGAGUUGAAACAGAAGUGUCUUUCUCCAUUAAUAUAAAGCCAUAGAGCACAUUAUAGGCAACGUUUAAUAUAAGCUCAUUAGGGUAUGAGGACACUAUAGUUGACCCAGUAGAUUUGAUUCAUUAAGCUUAAAUAGGAACUAACCAUCACCUGCCCACAGAUGUAGCUGAUCUAUGCACAAGCAGAAUAUACAGUAUGCGUAAAAGAGACAGUGUAAGUAGAAUUUCCCGUUGAUGAUAGGACGGGGAUUAUUGUGUUAAAGUGUGAUCUGGAGCUCUGCCGAGGCUGCUGAUUGCGGAGCAUCGGUGAGGAGAGCACCUUGCCCUGAUCAUCUGACGGCAGGCGGCUCCUCCCCGCUCCCUCCCUCCCUCCAUCCCUCCCUCCAUCCCUCCAGUCUGCUGCGCGAGGCGCCGGCGUGGCCACAACUGUGCCGCGCGUUCCAGUGCACAGGCUCGUCUGCGCCGAGUCGAGUUGAUCCACCACGAGUCAUCAGUCCCCCCCCCCCCCACCACCACCUCCGGCCGGCGGCUGCCUGCAGACGAGUCAGUGAUGAGAGUGGCCGAGAGGAGAGACCGACGCUGUUCUCCAACGCGGACCGGCGGUGCGCAGAAGUGCGCUCCAUGCUUCAGCAUCAGCACCAUCACCAUCCUCCUCCGCCUCCUCCUCCGCUCCUGAGAUCGACCCGGACCCACGAGGCGCGCAGAGGUCCUCCCCGAACCCCCCCCCCCCUCCUGUGCGAGAUGUGCUGUGGACUGCCGAUGAUUUCUCCUCCUCCUCAAAUUCUAUGGCAGACAAAGACUACACUUCCCACUGCUCUUUUUACCCCUGAGCUCACAAAGGCCCAUCUGUUCCACACCUGAGCCAAUUUCUACUUUUCUUGCUCCGGUCUCUGCCAAUCUUCAUUCACAAGUCCAUCUCCAUGGCUCGUUUACUGGUAUCAGCCUUUCUUCUGGUUCUCCAGACAUAUGCCGCUCCACAUGACCUUGUCCAGCCAGGAUUUGGCAUAACACUGGACCCAAUGGACCUUGACUCUGGACUACCAGGGAAUGUCAGUGGAGAUAUGCCCUCAUCUCCACCACCCGGAACAAGUAAAAGAGCCCCACAUAGUAUCAUUAUUGGGGUACGCAAAGGGGGCACAAGAGCACUUUUGGAGAUGCUAGAUAUACACCCUGAGGUUGCUGCUGCUGCCACCGAGGUGCACUUCUUUGACUGGGAUGAGAAUUAUGCCAAGGGCUUUGAGUGGUACCGUGAGUUGAUGCCCUACUCGUAUCCACACCAGAUCACAGUGGAGAAAACUCCCGGCUACUUCACAUCAGCCCUUGCACCAGAACGCAUCUGCGCCAUGAAUUCCUCCAUAAAGCUGCUGUUGAUCUUGCGAGACCCGGCCGAGCGGGUUAUCUCUGACUACACACAGGUGUUCUUCAACCGGCUGGAGAACCACAAGCCGGUGCAAGCCAUUGAGAACCUGCUAGUGCGCAAUGGAGCCCUUAAUAUCCGAUACAAGGCCAUUCAGAGGAGCCUCUAUGACAUCCACAUGCGUAACUGGCUGCGUCACUUUCCCCUGGAACAAAUACACAUCGUAGAUGGGGAUGCGCUGAUCCGUGAUCCCCUGCCAGAGCUUCAGAAGGUGGAGCUCUUCCUUAAUUUGCCACCGAGGAUAGUGUCCUCCAACUUCUACUUCAACCAGACCAAGGGGUUUUACUGUAUCCGAAGUGAUGGUCGAGAACGAUGUCUGCACGAGUCUAAGGGACGCCCUCACCCAGUCGUCAAUGGCACCGUCCUCCAACAGCUCCGCUCCUACCUACAGGAACACAACCGAACCUUCUUCAGGCUGGUGAAGCGCACCUUUGACUGGCAAUAAGAAACCCAGAUCACAAAUCAGACUCCAAGGAGCCACUACCUUGUAUGUGAGAAGGACAAAUAAGGGGCAUAAAGCACUUUACAGAACUGACAUUUAACAACCCCUUUGAAUAGCCUCUUUGCAACUACUGUGGUGAUCUCUGGUUUCCACAGACUUAUAUUUACACGAUAAGGCCAAAAAAUAUGAAAGACAGGGUAACGCUUUAGAUUACAGCCCACAACAUAUACUGUAAUUAGUCCAGAGUCAAGGUGUAACCUUUGUACUAACAGUGUACCAGUAGAGUAUGUACCAAUACAUGUACAGUAAGUACUGAUGAUCAAGAUAUGAAGUUAUGGAAUUGGGAGGCACCAAUUCUGGAGUUACAAAGAACUUAAACUGUGCAUGUAUUGGUAUGUACUAUACUGGUACUCUGUUAGUACAAAGGAUUACACAGUAAUGUAAGAGUAGCUAUGUCAUAUGUUGCAGGCUGUAAAAUAAGGCAUUACAGAAUACUGUUCAGUGGAGGUGUAAAAUUUAAUGGAAAAAUAUCCAAGCUUAAAACGUCUUUCUCUCUGUGCUGGAAGCGUUUAUGUGCUCAGCGAAAAACAUGUUUAUGAAACUGACAGCCUUUUUUUUCUUUUCUCUCUCCUCUCUCUUGUUUGAUAUUCUUGUUCUUGAUAAUAAAUUGUUCUGCUUUCAAAUGUAACAGGAAAGUGGCAUGUUUCUAUCUCUCUCCAUUUCCUUCUGGCCACCAAAAGCCCCCGGGACUUCUAACCUGUAUUAUUUAGGGAGUAUACCAAGGUAGGCAGAGGCAUUAGAAUAAGCCUUUGAUUUGCUGUGGUGAAAGUUAGACAUUAAUGCAAGGAAAUGGGUACCCUGGAGCAGCGCUUUAGUAGUACAGGAAUCACUAAUGGCUUUGGACAUUGAAGGUAGCCUGUGCCUGCAGCUAAAUCAGUCAAAUCUCUACAGUCAGCAAGCACAAAUCCACAGAGCUUCUGUUGGAUUUUUCUGCGGCUCUGUUUAACAAUUUGCUCAGCUGUUAAAUGUAGUCAUUAAAUUAUAUACCUAACAGUGGUGUAAAUCAUUUACGAAUGAUACUGUAUUUGUCUAGAUGUUGUUUUCUUUCUCCCCAAAAAAUAUCUCUUUUCUGAAUCAUACUUAACAAGCAGUUUUCCCAGAAACAUCAUGUUGUCCUUUUCACAACAGAUAGGCAGGUCAUGUUUCUUUCAUUGAUCUGGCUUUAAACAGCAGCCAAAGCUACAUCUCCGAUGGGAACUGAUAUUCAUGUGAUCUCUCCUCUCUGUCUGCUGGAAUAAGCACUAUAACUCUCCUGAGGCAAGUAGUCGUUGAUGCUACAUUGGAUCUAUAUCCAGAACAAAACAUGGGAGGAGGUUAUAUACCGUAGCUGUGAGCUAUACAGAAAUAUGCUGAAUAUUUAUGUGAAUAGUGCAGUUCGCGGAUGAUCUGGGAUUUCAAAUUAUAAUUGGUCUGGGAAAUUAUGCGGGAUUUUCAUGUGUGGUACACAAGUUCUGUUUAAAGACAAAGUCAGCGCUGAAGAAAAUCACCCAUAGGCCUUUUUCACGGCAGACAUGUCACAGUGGGAAGUGAAGAGGUGUAAAUAAUAAAAUGACUGAUGGUUGAAUUCCAUUUAUCUGCGUCGGUUUCAGGUUCCUGAUAUUUCUUCAAGCUGGCUCACUGUCACACUGUCAUGUCUUACUUGGACACUUGAAGUGAAAAGAGCCAUUGUUAAUGUUAUCAGUAACACCCGUCCUUUUCCUACUAUGACAUGUCAUGAUGUCUGCUGUGGAAAUAUUGGUCAGGGACUUUUCUCCCCUCUGUUCACCAGGGGGCACUUGGACCCCAGAGUAACUUAUGAGGUAACGGUGAGAGGAAAAUGUGUCUAGACAUGCUCUUUCCAGGAGCCCCUCUGUCGGAGCACACACAGGUGACGGGCCUGUGACAGUUACCUCGUGACCCUGGCCUGUCUCCUCUGGUACGUAUCACCCAGCCGCUCAUCUGGAAGAGAACGAACUGUCCCAGGGCACAGCCUCGUUCCACCACAACACACACGCACACACACGCACGCACGCACACACGCACGCACGCACAAACACACGCACACACACACACAAGCACACACAUUACCGAUCAUUCCCAAGGUGAUACACUGGUGAAGCAGUGUUUCCAUUAAGCAGAUGGGCAGGAAGGACAAAAGGGCAUGUCUUGCUUACAAUAUGAGAGUAAACACUGAACAAAUUCCCAUGUCUGUCCUUUACCUUUUUUGAGGCAAAGUUGACCGGCCGGCCAUGCUCUCCGUUUGCAGGAACACUGGGAGCAGCAUAGUGCGUCUGUGGCUGUGUAAUCUUGGACAGAGGAGCUGCAGUCGAGCACUAGUUUGUUGAAGGAUAAGAACAUUUUUUAUCACAAAAUCCCCUGAAGUUCAAAUCAUUGCAACAGACGCAGCAAAAGGACGUUUUAUAUUCUGUCGACAUGAGCUUUUCUACAUUACGUCAGCUGUGCCUGUGACAGGAUUUCUUUCUUCUUUUUUUUGUAGGAUUAUCCAGUGUUAGUUUUAGUUUGUUCAUGAGAUUUGUUAAUGACAAUAAAUGGAUAAAAUGAUACCGUCA